AUGAACAUAUUGUAUGAUUUAUAUACUAUUUAUCAUUAUAUAAAUAUUACUUAUGAUGAUGAAAAUUGCAAGUCAUAUUCCGCUAAAUGCGUUGAAAAAUUUAAAGAGGCUAUAAACAGUUGUUCUACUGAUAAUAAAGAUAAUUACUGUGAGGCAUUAAAAUUGUUUAAAAGAAAAUAUGAACAAUUCAUUGGGAAUAAUAAUUCUAGGGGGUGCAAUAAAGUAUAUAUAUCAACAUUACCACUGAUAGGAAAUGAAAAGAAACAUAAUGCAAAGGUGACGGAGACUGGAGAAGUCAAAUCAGUAGUAAAAACACAUUUAGAAGAAAAAAAAGAUCAAAAUUUAGUAUCUUAUGAUUUAGAAGAAAAGCAAAAUUUCAAAAAUCCAAUGCAACCAUCCCUUUCACAAACAGAGGAAAACAAUUAUGAUAACAAUAUUAGUAUAUUUACUAUUUUCAGUAUAAUAUUGAGUAUAUCUGUAUUUUCGAUAAUUACGUAUAAGUUUUCUCCAUUUGGAUCAUGGAUAAAUACAAAAAUACUAGGAAGAAAUAAAUUAAUGGAAAAUAUGAAAAAGAACAAUUACGAAUUACUUUAA